AUGGAAGGCGAGCAUUCUAAACGACCUAGACACAUUAAGUCGUCGGUCCGUCAUCGUAGGUCCCCAUCACCAUCGCUUAGGUCCCCAUCACCUCCACCCAAUCCAACACUUGGUGGUGGGUUUGUUCCCACCCAAUUCAAGUUGUUAAACUUGAGGCCUUUCUCUAGCACGCUCAUACCAUUCAUAAAUUUGCGCAUGUGCCAUCUCUUCGUCCACGAGCUUAGAUAUAAAGUCCCGAUAGUCGAGUUCUUAUCUUCACUCUAUUUGGACCACAGUGUCCUAUAUUUCCAACUUAUGAACAACGAUCAUGCCCUGUCCCUUGAGCAAAUCAAUGCCAUUGUUGGGGCCCCCACAAAAAACACCUUUGGUCUCAAUGACCCACUCCCAGGAUACAGUGAUCUUACGUGGUGGACUGACCUUACACAUCGACAUCCCUAUGUCUCAAGUUCUGCUAAAGCAUCAUCUCUGAUCCACAUUAUUGCUUCCCUUGUUGUCCCUAUAGAAGAAAGAAGCACCAUUAGUGCUCUUGAGCUUAAAAUACUUUAUGCGAUGGCCCACCCAGAUGAUAACCUCAUUCCCCACUAUGACUCAUUCCUUUGCAACAAGCUCACCUGCCUCAGCACAUCACGGUCCGGAAAAAUCUAUUGUGGCGAUAUUGUUAGUUUGUUUGCUAAAAGUGCUCCAGUCCGGGCUCCAUAUCUCAGAAUUCACCAACCGCUGUCCGGUGAAUCCUACCUUACCACGGUAGUACUCGAGAGCAUGAGGAUGUUUCGGACGGAGUACGGGAACCACAAUUAG